CAGAGGCAGAAGUUAGUGGACUUUUCAGGGAGCCACAGCCUGACUGCAUCUCAAGAGUGGUCAGAGGACAACUCCUGGAACUGGAGGAACCUGCAUUGACCAGAUUUCCAAGUUGGCCUCUUCUGGAAGGCGGAAGCGUGCCUAGAGGCCAUAGCAGCAUCGCUGGGUCCCCGUGGAGGUGCUCCUAGAGGCAUUUUCCGGGGUAGCUGAGGUUCCCACCGCAGAGCCAGGACAUGUCUGGUCUGAAUUCAUCCCUGAGAUCAUUCUCAUCUCCCUCAGCUACGGGAAAUCAGGCUGAAGCAACCGAGUCCGUGAUGGAGAAAACUUGGAAAUCUGUUCCUAUGAGAAGGCAAAAGAAAGAGGCCGAACAAAUCCGUAAACUUUUCAUUGGCGGCUUGAGCUUUCAAACCACAGAAGAAAGUCUGAGGAAGUACUACCAGCAGUGGGGAGAACUCACAGACUGUGUGGUCCUCAGAGACUUUGCCAGUCAACGAUCAAGAGGAUGUGGUUUUGUCACCUUUUCAUCCAUGACCGAGGUGGAUGCUGCCAUGGCGGCCAGACCCCAUUCCAUUGACGGCAGAGUGCUUGAACCCAGACGUGCCGUCCCAAGAGAGGCAUCUGGACAGCGGGGGGCCCACUGGACCCUGAAGAAGCUGUUCGUUGGUGGAAUUAAGGAAGAUACCGAGGAGCAUCAUCUUAGAGAGUACUUUGAGAAAUAUGGAAAAAUCGAUGCCAUUGAGAUCAUUACUGAUAGGCAGUCGGGCAAGAAAAGAGGCUUUGGAUUUGUGACUUUUGAUGACUAUGAUCCCGUGGAUAAGAUAGUGUUGCAGAAAUACCAUGCCAUCAAUGGUCAUCAUGCAGAAGUCAGGAAGGCUUUGUCAAUAUGGGAAAUGCAGCACGUCCAAGGUUCUAGAAAUAGAAAAAGAGACCCUUUUGAUUUUAGUGUUUCUUCUAGUGGGGGUGGAAAUUUUGGACGAGGGCCAGGAACUAAAUUUAGAGGAGAAGCUGAUGGAUAUGGAAAUGGCCCCUGGUGUAGGGAUGGCUGUCAAGGGUAUGGAGGAGGACCUGGAGGUGGGAAUUUUGGAGGUUACCCUGGUUAUGGAGGAGGAGGUGGAGAAUAUGCUGGUCGAGGUCCUGGGUAUGGCAACCAGUGGGAAUUCUCUGGAGGUGGUUAUGGCAAUAAUUUUGGAAAUUACGACCAGCAACCUUCUAACUAUGGUCCAAUGAGAAAUAGAAACUUCGGCAUUGGCAGGAACAAGGCGGCCCCAUGUGGUGGAGGCAAUUAUGGCCCAGGAGGCAGUGGCGGAAGUGGGGGUUAUGGAGGCAGAAAUGGAUAUUGAACUUCUUCCUGUUUGCCCUGGGCUUAACUGUCUAAAUAGCAGAGGAUGAGAGCCCAGAUAAACAGUUUCAGGUUUUUGAGUUAAGGACAUUAAGGAAACUCUUAUCUCAGUCAUGAAUAAAUAGUGAUGUGGCAGAAGACAACAGAACAGGUCCAGAGAGCCAUUCUGUUGGUGGGUUGGAAGGCUGUAUAAAAAGACACUUAUGAAUUUUAUGCAAGUGAAUUUGAAAACUUUGAUGAAAUAGUUUUUUUUUGUUAUUUUUGUUAUUUUUUUUAUUUUUUAGUAAAAGACAAGUUACUUGUCCUCUUCCUGGAGGGGUCAAAGAAAAUAAUUCUAUAUCAUAUAAUGAAAUUAUAUUUAAACUUAGAAGGCUUUCUACCAAGAAAACAAAAUGCCUUGGAGACAGUUUCUCAGCUUCUUCCUGUUUCUUUGUUGUCGUGGUCUUUGUGAGGUUGUAGAAGCAUUCCUUCUUUGAUAACAUUAAAUUUGCAAGUUUCAGGUGACAUGUGAAAACUUUUUAAAGAUUUUACUCAAGUUUUGAAAAGCUAUUAGCUAGGAGUAUGUUGUAAUAAGAAAUAAUGUUGUUCAUUAAAUUUUAGAGUAUAGAGGUAUGAAGCAGUUGUAGAUUUUUUAUUUAAUAAAAUAAUUCUAAAAGAAAAACAA